UGGAUUUCCGGUUCGUUUGUGUUGCUUCGAGUGUAAUUAUCUGUCUCCGUGCGGAUUAUAGAAAGCGGAUUGCAUUCGUGGAGCUUUCGGGUUGUUUUUCGAAUCCGUUCUCGUACGGGUUUUUCGGGGAUCGAUUGAUGGGUUCGUGGGUAGCUCCCCGAUAGCGUGGGCAUUCGCGAAAUAAGUUCAAGAUUCGAUUUUUUCUGGUUUUUUCUUUUUUCCGAUUGGGAGGACAUUUUGUGGGUUGCGAAGAUGGUGACUGUGAAUCUGGGUAUGCUCCAUUACGUGCUGGACCAUGUGUACGGUGCGUUCAUGCACCGGGCGAAGAUAACCCCGCCCUUCUUCUCCAGAGGGUGGGGCGGGUCGAAGCUUGAGUUGCUGGAGAGGAUGAUCAACCAGCUGUUCCCUGACGUGGCGGGCCAAAACUGGCCUCCCUGCUUGAUCCAGCCCGUCUGGAGAACUGUUUGGGAGACGAGGACGGCUUGCUUGAGAGAAGGCGUUUUUCGCACGCCUUGCGAUGAGGAGCUCUUGAAUGCAUUGCCUCCCGAGAGUCAUAUCGCUCGAGUCGCCUUCCUCGUCCCGAAAUCCGUGUCACCCCAGAAGAUGGCCUGUGUGGUCCAUCUUGCAGGAACUGGAGAUCAUACUUUUGAAAGGAGAUUGCGUCUAGGUGGACCGCUACUGAAGGAGAAUAUUGCCACCAUGGUGCUUGAGAGUCCCUUCUAUGGACAAAGACGUCCUAUGCUGCAGUAUGGUGCAAAACUCUUGUGUGUGAGCGACCUUCUCUUGUUAGGAAGAGUGACUAUUGAAGAAGCCCGCAGUCUCUUGUACUGGUUAGAAAGUGAGGAAGGUUUUGGCAAGAUGGGAGUUUGUGGCCUUAGCAUGGGUGGAGUUCAUGCUGCAAUGGUGGGUUCACUGCACCCUACCCCAGUUGCAACCCUUCCUUUCCUUUCCCCACAUUCAGCUGUUGUGGCAUUCUGUGAUGGGAUAUUAAAGCAUGGAACUGCAUGGGAGGUACUGAGAGAGGAUCUUGCAGCACAAACAGCUGCAAUGACUCUCGAGGAAGUGAGAGAAAGGAUGCGAAAUGUACUAUCUCUCACAGAUGUCACACGCUUUCCAAUUCCCAAAAAUCCGAAUGCUGUGAUAUUUGUGGCUGCAACUGAUGACGGCUACAUACCUAAACACUCGGUGCUGCAACUCCAAAAGGCUUGGCCAGGUUCGGAAGUUAGAUGGGUGACUGGUGGCCAUGUCUCAUCCUUCCUUCUCCACAAUGGCGAGUUCCGCAAGGCAAUAGUUGAUGGGUUGAAUCGGUUACAGUGGAAGGACAAUCCCUUGUGAUGCGUGGAUAUCUGCCCUGUAGAGUUGGGGGGACUGUAUUUACAGUUUACUCUUCGUGCAGCCUUCAUCGGCUCGAACUGUCACUGAACUUGUAAAUUGGGUCAUAGAUGAUACCUGAAGACUUCCCCUUGAGGUUGGGGAAUUGGAUAGGUACUUUCUGAAUACUCUUUCUUUUUUUGGUUUCUCUCUAACUUGACUAAGUUCGGGGCUGACACUUGUAUUUACAUUUCUCUAUUUAAUCAAUCUGUGGCAUAAAUGUUGGUCCA